CUCUCCCAGCUCCGUGGGACAGACAGGAAGUUCACCUUGCUGCAUGCCCUUGUGGAGCAGAUCAUGUUGCACGAACCCGGCUUGGCCACUUUUCCCCAAGAGUUGACGGAAUUUGAAACUGUACCUGGGGGUAAGUAAUCAAGAUUUUGGUCAAAGCCCCCGAAAUCUGUCCUGUAUGUUUCAAUUGGAGCAGUUUAGGUAAAACACUUAGGUAUUUCUCUCUGUGUUUCUGAUCAGCUUCCAUUAAAGGCAUCACUGCUGAAUUGGACGGUGAGUCUACCACGUUUCCUAUCCUGUCCAAUGAUGUAUCUGUAAAAAACAAGUGUUGCUCUUUACAGUGCUGAGAUCUAAUGAUACAAAGACAGUGCAACAGUGACUGUAUUUUCUUUAUACACCUAUGAAUGAUAUUGUCUAAGAUAGUAUGAUCUAGCUAGUUCAAGGAGUUGACUGGUUUGAUGGCGCAGUUAAAUGUAAAGUGUAAAGACAUGUAGGCCUAAUGUCAGCUUCAUGUAUGGACAUUUAUGAUGACUUUUGGUUGAAUAAUUGUGAUGAACAGUUGACAUGAGUGCAGAUCAGCCACUUGGCUUGAUCCAGGCAGCAGAAAGGAGAAAAUAGUGAUUUAAAGUAGAGAGUAUUUGCUUCAGUGAUCAGGUAUGAUGGAUGAUGAACAUGAUGUGUCAUCCCCUCCAGUUCUCAAGAAUGAGUUACAGAAGGCCAUUCAGUACAAGAAAACAUACAAGAGAAGAAACCAAGGAAAUCAACACCCAAAGUUUUCCAAAGACCUGAAGGUCAGUUAUUCCGAUAGGCCUAUUCUCUCUUUUCAGUUCAUAUUCAGAUGGACAGAUACAGUGCCUUGCAAAAGUAUUCAUCCCCCUUGGCGUUUUUCCUAUUUUGUUGCAUUACAACCUGUAAUUUAAAUGGAUUUUAUUUUACACAUGAUCUGUCACAUGAUCUCAGUAUAUAUACACCUGUUCUGAAAGGCCCCAGAGUCUGCAACACCACUAAGCAAGGAGUACCACCAAGCAAGCGGCACCAUGAAGACCAAGGAGCUCUCCAAACAGGUCAGGGACAACGUUGUGGAGUAGUACAGAUCAGGGUUGGGUUAUUUAAAAAAUAUCCGAAACUUUGAACAUCCCACGGAGCACCAUUAAAUCCAUUAUUAAAAAAUUGAAAGAAUAUGGCACCACAACAAACCUGCCAAGAGAGGGCCGCCCACCAAAACUCACAGACCAGGCAAGGAGGGCAUUAAUCAGAGAGGCAACAAAGAGACCAAAGAUAACCCUGAAGGAGCUGCAAAGCUCCACAGCGGAGAUUGAAGUAUCUGUCCAUAGGACCACUUUAAGCCGUACACUCCACAGAGCUGGUGUUCGCCAAAAGCCAUGUGGGAGACUCCCCAAACAUAUGGAAGAAGGUACUCUGUUUAGAUGAGACUAAAAUUUAGCUUUUUGGACAUCAAGGAAAACGCUAUGUCUGGCGCAAACCCAACACCUCUCAUCACCCCGAGAACACCAUCCCCACAGUGAAGCAUGGUGGUGGCAGCAUCAUGCUGUGGGGAUGUUUUUCAUCUGCAGGGACUGGGAAACUGGUCAGAAUUGAAGGAAUGAUGGAUGGCGCUAAAUACAGGGAAAUUCUUGAGGGAAACCUGUUUCAGUCUUCCAGAGAUUUGAGACUGGGACGGAGGUUCACCUUCCAGCAGGACAAUGACCAUAAGCAUUGUCCUGCUAAAGCAACACUUGAGUGGUUUAAGGGGAAACAUUUAAAUGUCUUGGAAUGGCCUAGUCUAAGCCCAGACCUUAAUCCAAUUGAGAAUCUGUGGUAUGACUUAAAGAUUGCUGUACACCAGAGGAACCCAUUCAACUUGAAGGAGCUGGAGCAGUUUUGCCUUGAAGAAUGGGCAAAAAUCCCAGUGGCUAGAUGUGCCAAGCUUAUAAAGACAUACCCCAAGAGACUUGCAGCUGUAAUUGCUGCAAAAGGUGGCUGAAUAGUUAUGCACGCUCAAGUUUUCUGUCCUCUUUCCUGUUUGUUUCACAAUUACAUGUUUUUGCAUCUUCCAAGUGGUAGGCCUGUUGUGUAAAUCAAAUGAUACAAACCCCCCAAAAAUCCAUUUUAAUUCCAGGUUGUAAGGCAACAAAAUAGGAAAAAUGCCAAGGGGGGUGAAUGCUUUCGCAAGCCAAAAACAAGAAAAACUUUGACACACUGAAUAAACAUCAGCCCGUUGCAGCCCGUUGCAUUGCACCAUCACACUAUAUCGCUAAUUCACAGUGCUUGUCCCAAGAUGAGCACAUCAUAGUAUGUGGCAGGGAAGUUAAUUUAUAUUUGCCAGGUAUACUGUUUGUUGCUUCAUAUUGCAUUAUGUUUCUCUGAUGGUGUCGGCUGUCAGUUUGGAGUGAUAGUUUUGUGACGCAACAAAAAAACACAGGUAUUCUGAUAUUAUACAUAAAAUAAUUAAUAUUUUUAACCGGAGCUCCUCUUCACCCUUCUCCUUUCUCACUCUCACCCCAGAUGGCGAUUGAGAAGUACAACACCGAUUUCUCCCUGCUGACAAAGAGGUCUGAUGAGAUGAAGAAGCUUUACACUGAGAUAUUGGUAAUCGCAGAGUUAUUAUUUUAAUAUGUCUGUUGUGCAGCCCCUCCAGAGAGAAAUGGUUACUCUAGUACUGAAAUGUCGAGAUGGCCCUUUUCCAUGGUUUCAGCUUAUCUAUCUUUCCACUGUGAAGAUGGAGGGGGGAUUGAAGAGGAUAUACAGUGCAUUUGGAAAGUAUUCAGACCCUUGACUUUUUCCAAAUUUUGUUACGUUACAGCCUUAUUCUAAAAUGGAUUAAAUAAAUAAAAAUCCUAAUCAAUCUACACACAAAACCCCAUAAUGACAAAGCGAAAACAGGUUUUUUGAGAUUUUUUGCAAAUGUAUUAAAAAUAAAAAACAGAACUACCUUAUUUACAUAAGUAUUCAGACCCUUUGCUAUGAGACUCGAAAUUGAGCUCAGAUGUAUCCUGUUUACAUUGAUCAUCCUUGACAUGUUUCUACAACUUGAUUGGAGUCCACCUGUGGUAAAUUCAAUUCAUUGGACAUGAUUUGGAAAGGCACACACGUCUAUAUAAGGUCCCACAGUUGACAGUGCAUGUCAGAGCAAAAACCAAGCCAUUAGGUCGAAGGAAUUGUCCGUAGAGCUCCGAGACAGGAUUGUGUUGAGGCACAGAUCUGGGGAAGGGUACCAAAACAGUUCUGCAGCAUUGAAUGUCCCCAAUUACACAGUGGCCUCCAUCAUUCUUAAAUGGAAGAAGUUUGUAACCACCACAACUCUUCCUAGAGGUGGCUGCCUGGCCAAACUGAGCAAUCGGGGGAGAAUGGCCUUGGUCAGGGAGGUGACCAAGAACCCGAUAGUCACGCUGACAGAGUUCUAGAGUUCCUCUGUGGAGAUGGGAGAACCUUCCAGAAGGACAACCAUCUCUGCAGCACUCCACCAAUCAAGCCUAUAUGGUAGAGUGGCCAGACGGAAGCCACUCCUCAGUAAAAGGCACAUAAAUCCCGCUUGGAGUUUGCCAAAAGGCACCUAAAGACUCUCAGACCAUGAGAAACAAGAUUAUCUGGUCUGAUGAAACCAAGAUUGAACUCUUUGGCCUGAAUGCCAAGCGUCAUGUCUGGAGGAAACCUGGCACCAUCCCUACGGUGAAGCAUGGUGGGGGCAGCAUCAUGCUGUGGGGAUGUUUUUCAGCGGCAGGGACUGGGAGAUUAGUCAGGAUCGAGGCAAAGAUGAACGGAGCAAAGUACAGAGAGAUCCUUGAUGAAAAUGUGCUCCAGAGCACUCAGGACCUCAGACUGGGGUGAAGGUUCACCUUCCAAGAGGACAACGACCCUAAGCACACAGCCAAGACAACGCAGGAGUGGCUUCGGGACAAGUCUCUGAAGGUUCUUGAGUUGCCCAGCCAGAGCCCGGACUUGAACCCAAUCGAACAUCUCUGGAGAGACCUGAAAAUAGCUCUGCGGUGACGCUCCUCAUCCAACCUGACAGAGCUUGAAAGGAUCUGCAGGCAAGAAUGGGAGAAACUCCCCAAGUACAGGUGUGCCAAGAUUGUAGUAUCUUACCCAAGAAGACUCGAGGCUGUAAUCGCUGCCAAAGAUGCUUCAACAAAGUACUUAGUAAAGGGUCUGAAUACUUCUGUAAAUGUGAUAGUUCAGUUUUGUAUUAGCAAAAAUGUCUAAAAAACAGUUUUUGCUUUGUCAUUAUGGGGUACUGUGUGUAGAUUGAUGUAACGUAACAAAAUGUGGAAAAAGUCAAGAGGUCUGAAUACUUUCCACUGUAUAUAUUUCAAAUAAGUUAUUCUUCAAGGUUACUAACUUCUGCAGCAGAAGCUUAAACUUGAUAUGUAAUAGUUAGCAUAGAGCACAGCUCAGAGUCUGUGUCUAUUAAUACUAUAAUACACAGUAGGGUAUUAGAGUCUGUCCCUAUUAAUACUAUAAUACACAGGAGGGUUUUAGAGUCUGUCCUUAUUAAUACUAUAAUACACAGGAGGGUAUUAGAGUCUGCCCCUAUUCAUACUAUAAUAAACAGGAGGGUAUUAGAGUAUGUCCCUAUUAAUACUAUAAUACACAGGAGGGUAUUAGAGUCUGCCCCUAUUAAUACUAUAAUACACAGGAGGGUAUUAGAGUCUGUCCCUAUUAAUAGGUUUAAGAUGGCGCCGACAGAGAGGGCUGCCUCGCUUCUAGUCCUUAGGAAACUUUGCAGUAUUUUGUUUUUUAUGUAUUAUUUCUUACAUUGUUAGCCCAGAAAAUCUUAAGUGUAAUUACAUACAGCCGGGAAGAACUAUUGGAUAUCAGAGCGGCGUCAACUUACCAGCACUACAACCAGGAAUACAACUUUCCCGAAGUGGAUCCUUUGUUCCCACCACCCAGGGCAUUUGAACUGAUUCCAGAGGCCGACCCAAAACAACGGUGCCGGAGGAGAGGGAGCCGGAGCGGUCUCCUAGUCAGACUUAGGAGGCACACAGUAUAUUACUCUCUAAUGUCCAGUCCCUAGAUAACAAAGUGGACGAGAUCAGGGCAAGGGUUGCUUUCCAGAGAGACAUCAGGGAUUGUAACAUACUCUGUUUCACGGAAUCAUGGCUCUCUCGGAAUAUACUGUCCCCGUCCAUACAGCCAUCUGGGUUCUCAAUAUAUCGCGCCGACAGGAAUAAACAUCUCUCCGGGAAGAAGAGGGGUGGGGGGGGGGGGGGUAUGUUUCAUGACUAACAACUCAUGGUGUAAUCGUAACAACAUAGAGGAACUCAAGUCAUUUUGUUCACCUGACCUAGAAUUCCUCACAAUGAAAUGCCGACCGUACUAUCUCCCAAGAUAAUUCUCUUUGUUUAUUGUCACAUUUGUGUAUAUCCCCCUCAAGCCGAUACCAAAAUGGCCCUCAAGGAACUCCACUGGACUUUAUGCAAACUGGAAACCUGAGGCUGCAUUUAUUAUAGCUAGGGAUUUUAACAAAGCAAAUUUGAGAAAAAGGCUACCUAAAUUCUAUCAGCAUACUGACUGUAGCACUCGCGCUGGAAAAACAUUGGACCAUUGUUACACUCAUUUCCGUUAUGCAUACAAGGCCCUCCCCCGCCCUCCUUUUGGCAAAUCUGACAACGACUCCAUUUUGCUCCUCCCUUCCUAUAGGCAGAAACUCAAACAGGAAGCACCCGUGUUUAGGACUAUUCAACGCUGGUCUGACCAAUCGUAAUCCACGCUUCAAGAUUGUUUUGAUCACGCAGACUGGGAUAUGUUCCGGGUAGCCUCUGAGAAUAAUAUAGACGUAUGCACUGAUUCGGUUAUUGGGUUUAUAAGGAAGUGUAUAGGAUAUGUCGUACCCACUGUGACUAUUAAAACCUAACCAGAAACCGUGGAUAGAUGGCAGCAUUCGCGAAGAAAUGAAGCACGAACCCCCGCAUUUAACCAUGACAAGGUGACAGGGAUUAUGGCAGAAUACAAACAGAGUGGUCGUUCCCUCCGCAAGGCAAUCAAACAGGCAAAACAUAAAUAUCGAGACAAAGUGGAGUCGCAAGUCAACGGCUCAGACACGAGACGUAUGUGGCAGGGUUUACAGACAAUCACGGACUAUAAUAGGAAAACAGCCACGUCGCGGACACCGACGUCUUGCUGCCAGACUAAACAAGUUAUUUUCAUGCUUUGAGGAUAACACAGUGCCACCAACGCGGCCAGCUACCAAGGCUCUCCUUCUCAGUGGCCGACAUGAGUAAGACAUUUAAACGUGUUAACCCUCGCAAGGCUGCCGGCCCAGACGGCAUUCCUAGCCGCGUCUUCAGAGCAUGCGCAGACCAGCUGGCUGGUGUGUUUACGGACAUAUUCAAUCUCUCCCUAUCCCAGUCUGCUGUCCCCACAUGCUUCAAGAUGGCCACCAUUGUUCCUGUACCCAAGAAUGCAAAGGUAACUGAACUAAAUGACUAUCGCCCCGUAGCACUAACUUCUGUCAUCAUGAAGUGCUUUGAGAGACUAGUCAAGGAUCAUGUCAUCUCCACCUUACCUGUCACCUUAGACCCACUUCAAUUUGCAUACUGCCCCAAUAGGUCCACAGACGACGCAAUCGCCAUCACACUGCAUACUGCCCUAUCCCAUCUGGACAAGAGGAAUACCUAUGUAAGAAUGCUGUUCAUUGGCUAUAGCUCAGCAUUCAACACCAUAGUACCCUCCAAGCUCAUCAUCAAGUUUGAGGCCCUGGGUCUCAACCCCGCCACGUGCAAUUGGGUCCUGGACUUCCUGACGGGCCGCCCCCAGGUGGUGAACAUAGGAAACAACAUCUCCACUUCGCUGAUCCUCAACACUGGGGCCCCAAAAGGGUGUGUGCUCAGCCCCCUCCUGUUCUCCCUGUUCACCCAUGACUGUGUAGCCAUGCACGCCUCCAACUCAAUCAUCAAGUUUGCAGACAACACAACAAUAGUAGGCUUGAUUACUAACAACGAUGAGACAGCCUACAGGGAGGAGGUGAGGGCUCUCGGAGUGUGGUGUCAGGAAAAUAAUCUCUCACUCAACAUCAACAAAACAAUGGAGAUGAUCGUGGACUUCAGGAAACAGCAGAAGGAGUACCCCCCUAUCCACAUCGACGGGACAGCAGUGGAGAAGGUGGAAAUUUCCUCGGUGUACAUAUCACUGACAAACUGAAAUGGUCCACCCACACAGACAGUGUGGUGAAGAAGGCGCAACAGCGUCUCUUCAACCUCAGGAGGCUGAAGAAAUUUGGCCUGUCACCUAAAACCCUCACAAACUUUAACAGAUGCACAAUUGAGAGCAUCCUGUCGGGCUCCAUCACCGCCUGGUAUGGCUACUGCACAGCCCACAACCGCAGGGCUCUCCAGAGGGUGGUACGGUCUGCACAACGCAUCACCGGGGACAAACUACCUGCCCUCCAGUUCACCUACAGCACCCAAUGUCACAGGAAGGCCAAAAAGAUAAUCAAGGACAACUACCACCUGAGCCACUGUCUGUUCACACACCUAUCAUCCAGAAGGCGAGGACAGUACAGGUGUAUCAAAGCUGGGACUGAGAGACUGAAAAACAGCUUCUAUCUCAAGGCCAUCAGACUGUUAAACAGCCAUCACUAGCACAGUGUAUAUACUGUACAUCACUAGCAUAUGUAUAUACUGUAUUCUAUACUAUCUUAAUAAUGUUUACAUAUCUGUCAUUAGCCAUCUCAUAUGUAUAUACUGUAUUCUAUACUAUCUAUUGCAUCUUAGACUAUGCCACUCUGAUAAUGAUAAUGACAUUGCUCAUCCAUAUAUUUAUAUAUUCUUAUUCCAUUCCUUUACUUAGAUUUGUGUGUAUUAGGUUUUUGUUGUAGAACUGUUAGAUAUUACUUGCUAGAUAUUGCUGCACUGUCGGAACUAGAAGCACAAGCAUUUGCUACACUGGCAAUAACAUCUGCUAACCAUGUGUAUGUGACCAAUAAAUGUGAUUUGAUUUGACUAUAAUACACCGGAGGGCCAUUUUCCAACCUAUCCUAUUUCCAGAAGGACGAUCCAUCAUCACAAAGAGUCCACCUGACUCUGCUGCGUUCUGGGUUUGAGUUGUGAGCCUUGACAGGGUGACGGGUGAGCCUUGACAGGGUGAGGGGUGAGCCUUGCCAGGAAAUUGUGAUAUAGUAGGUUCCACAAUUAAAUUCCUGUGCACUCCAAUCUUUAUCCUCCCCACCCUCUCGCACACGCGAGAAUGGUGUGCUACAGCCUGAGCCAGGAGCAGAGAGAGAGAGAGAGAGAGAGAGAGAGAGAGAGAGAGAGAGAGAGAGAGAGAGAGAGAGAGAGAGAGAGAGAGAGAGAGAGAGAGAGAGAGAGAGAGAGAGAGAGAGAGAGAGAGAGCAAGCUGACCCUGACACAGCUUAUAUCUGUGACAUUAUCAGAACCUUCCCUCUGCUCCCCAGGGGAACAAAAUUGCUGCAGUCAGACAUGGAACCAAUGGUAGUAGCCUAUACUGUAUAGUUAAAUUGCUCUCCCAGUGUUACUGUAACGUUUAUUUAGGCGGAAAUGUGUCAAAAUACUUUAAAGUUUUAAGUUAAGUUCAGUGUUCCAUAUGUGCUGCAGUGUUGUUGGCUUAGCUUUUCUGAUUAGCGGUGUGAUCAUAUAGCAGUUGAGCCGUGUUUGAUUGAUAUUAGAUGUUACUCUUGAGCCACUGUUUUAAUGACGCAGCCUUUGUAUUAGUUACUGACCCUGUAGUAAGUGUAGGCAUGGAUUCAUGCAAUGGCCACCCGUCUGUCUCAUUUAAGAUAUUUAAGUCCAAUAAUUGUUUCCAUGCUCACGUAGUGUAGCAGCUCAUUAUUACAAAUGGAGUUACAUUAUGCAUCCCAAUCGAACCAGGGACAUCAGUUAACCCCAGGAAUUAGACAAAAUGUAUUAUUAACCGUGGGUUGCCAUUUUUUACAGAUUAUAACCUCUGAAAGAAUGAAAGAAACUGAAGUGCUUGGGGCAUGGGAUGUCAAAAAUAAUACAUUGGGUUAUUUGUCUUUUUUCUUGAAGGUUAAAUUCGGAGAGCCGAUGGAUCAAGAUUCUCAGGAGCUGUUUGGCUUGGUGUGCCAGUUUGUCAACGACUUCAAUAGGACACAUGCUGAAAUCAGAUAA